CAGGAUCGCCAGCUGGUCCCAGCCUGGGACUCCCAGGAGAGCCUACAUGGGAUGGGGCUCAGCGUAAUUUACCAUUUUUCGACCAAAGUGAGUUCCAGCAUACGCAUAGACCUUGAGGUACCAGGGAAAUGGUACACACAUUGUAUCCAUCUGCAUGUUAGGUGCCGCACACAAUUAGUGCCAUCGAAGAUCACCAGCCAAGCAUCAGUCAUGGGCAAGAAGAAGAGCGGCAGUGGCAAGGUCGACAAGGCGGCGGCCAAGGCGCAGCGGCAGGAGGCCAAGAAGGCCAAACAGAGCGCCAAGAGUGCCAAGAAGGACCGCAAGGCCCUUGGCACCGAUGAGGAGGACAUCGAGCUCAUUCUUCAGGAGUUCCGUAAGAAAGAUGCCGAGCGCACCCAAGUGACUAUCGAAGCGGCGCCGCAACCCACGCCCAGAGCCAAUUUCACGCUCUCUGCGCUGCCAUCUGGCGAAAUGCUGCUAUUUGGUGGCGAAUACUUCGACGGCGACGUGAAUGUAUGCUACAACGACGUGUUUAAGUGGAAUUUGGACGUCAAGCAGCCACAGAGCGCCGAGGAGGUGCAACAGGCCGUGAAAGAGGCGCCCAGUGAGGCCGAAGCGCUGCGUGACGCGGCCUGGAAGAACAUCAGCUCGCCCAAUUCGCCUCCACCGAGAUGUAGCCAUCAGUCGGCGGUAUACCGAGACCAUUUAUACGUUUUCGGAGGCGAAUUCGCCACAGCAGAUCAGUUCCAUCACUACCGAGAUCUAUGGAGAUUCGACCUUAAAACUAACGCAUGGGAGGAGCUAGAAGUAAAGGGAGGACCGUCGCCUAGAAGCGGACAUCGCAUGGUGGUCUGGAGGAACUAUUUGGUCGUGUUCGGCGGCUUCUACGAGGCCGCACGAGAGACCAAAUGGUUCAACGACUUGUAUCUGUUCAACUUGGCUGAGCUCAAGUGGCAGAAGGUCUCGUAUCCUCCUCACAGACAAGUCCCGGCCGAGCGAAGCGGCUGUCAACUGGCGGUACACCCGUCCAAGGACCUUGUGUUCGUGUAUGGAGGCUAUGCCAAGGUGAAGAAUGUGGGCGAGAAAUCGGAAGGCAAAGUGUAUUCGGAUUUGUGGGCGUUGAACUUGGCUCCAGUAUUGAAGCGACAGUCGCCGACGUGGGAGAAACUCUCUCGAAAGGGCCAAGCGCCGAGUCCACGGGGUGGCGCCGCUGUGACUGUGCACAAGCAGCGUUUUAUUCUGUUCGGUGGUGUGUUUGACGAAGAGCAACGUCGGCAUACGAUGCAGUCAACGUUUUAUAAUGAUCUGUUCGUGUACGACAUGGAUCGUCGUCGUUGGUUCGAGUUUAAGCUGCGUGGGAAGAAGACGGACAAUAAGCGUAGACGAAAGAAGAAGGAUAAGACGCUUGAGGAUGGAACUGCAGAUGACAGUGAGGAGGAGGAAGACGAGGAAGUGGAGGAUUUCGAUACGAUGUUGGAAAAGCAGUUCGGAUACGUGGAUGAUGAGGGAAAUAUCGUGUAUAUUGAGGACGCACACGAGGAAGAGGAGACCAAGGAAGACGAUGAACAGCGCUCUGCUAAGGACAUUGAAUUGGAGUUUGAAGAGGAGACAAAGGAGGAGGAGAAGGUAGAAGAAAAAUCCGUUGUGGCUGAGGAGAGCAAGGUUGAAGAACCUGAAGAGGAGGAGCCCGCAGCUCCUGCCCCAUGUCCGCGUAUUAACCCGGCAGUGAUGAUCCGUGGAAGCACACUGUACGUGUAUGGUGGUGUUGUGGAAGAUGGCGACCGCGAGAUCACGCUGGAUGACUGCUGGUCUCUGGAUCUCAAGCGACUCGAGGAGUGGAAGGAGGUGCUGCCUGGUACGAUGUCUCAUCAGAUUUGGAAGGGAGAAGUGAGUGAGACGGAGGAGUCUUCAGACGGGGAUGACGAUGAUGACGACGACUACGAUGAUGAAGACGAUUACGAUGAGGACGAUGAAGAGCGUCUCAAAGCCCGCGAAGAGAAAGAGAAGGCGAAGGCGGUGGAACGAGCCAUGGCGAUGUUAAAGAAAGAUGAGGACGAUGAUGAAGAUGCAGCGAAGAAGGCGAAAAAGGAGAAGAAAAAGAAAGCUAAAUCCAAGAAAGACAGCCAUCGCAAGGCCAUUCGAGCGGAGAUGGAGAAGCUGCAGGAACAACUGGGCUUGGACGACAUUGAGCGUACCCCACAGAUGGGCGAGAAUCUGCGUGACUUCUUUGCUCGUACUGACGCUACGUGGGCUAAGGAGGUCAUGCAACGACCAAGCACAGUGGAACAUGAGCUCAGUAUUAAGGAGAUCAAGCGUGAAGGCUUCUUGCUCGCUGAGGCUCGCUACAAGGAGCUCUUGCCAGUGCUGGAGCGUCUUAACGCGUUAGAGUUAGAGCAAAAGGAGGCAGAAGAGAUGUACGCACUGAAAAAAGGGAAAAGCAAGGAGAAGAGUCGACGCUGAUAGCGCAUUCACUCCAGAUUUCUAAGCAGAAGUGUUGCUUGAUUUGCCUAUUUUUUAUUCUGCUAUUUGCCUUCUGUAACUUACGAGAAGAUGCGACCAAACAGUCCCUUAGGACGUUCAGGUUCCAGGAACUUCAUCUCUCGCUCUUCACCCAAGAAGCGCGCCACUGCGUCUUCAAAGGCGACAGCAGCUUUCUCCCCCUCAGCAGUGAUAACUGGCUGUCCCAUAUUAGACGACGUCAACACGUGUGCACUCUCGGGGAUGACUCCACACACUGGCAGACCCAGCAU